UAUUAUUCUAGCACAGUUCGCUCAGAACGGUCGUUGCAACAGUGCGUUCGAACCGGUGAGAAAAGUUAGACCGUAACGAAACAAAGACUACUAGCCCCGACUGUGUUCUACUACUGAAUGUUAGAUCACAAUUGCAUGGCGGAACUUGAUUCGGGGACUUUUUGUUAGCAUUUUAAAGGGUUAUACGCGGUCUAACCAAGUACUUACCGUCGUGCCGACCAGUUACAGUUUGACGGUCGAUUAUUUUAUAAACGUUUUACUUUGUGGUUUUCCGGUGUGAAGUGAUUUUCUGCUAGUAUAUUGAUUCAUGUGGAUAAAAGUGGACGAAAACCGUUCUGUAUAUGAAAAGAAAAUCUUUCGGACGUACUGUUACUGAAAAGUUCGCCCGACAUCACGCGAAAGUCGAAUGUCAGUGUUAAAAUAAAUAACCCGCCGAUUGUGCUAGCAGUGAAUACACCCGCUGAUUAGUGUUACGUGUGCGCAUUCUUCCGUCAUUAUUAUCAUAAUCAUUAGUGUUGGCAUUACGGUGUACUAAAUACAUUUAUCCAAUAUGUCGGGGGAAGUGAAUCGAUCGUUCGUUGACGAUCCCCAUAAAUCUGAACUGGGUACUGGGGAUAGAUUCCCGACCCCAGCGGUGAUCGACACCAACGGUAGCGGACCUCCCGUUGUGGUGGAAUCACCCCCGGAUGACAGCAGUUCUGGCAGUGGCGAACGAGAGAAAUGGGACAAAGGAGUUGAGUUUUUACUGUCCUGCAUCGCCAUGUCGGUCGGGUUGGGCAACGUAUGGAAAUUCCCUUCCACCGCAUUCAGAAACGGCGGCGGUGCUUUCGUGAUUCCCUACCUGAUCGUGCUGCUCAUCGUGGGAAGGCCGGUCUAUUACCUGGAAAUGGUUAUGGGCCAAUUCUCCAGCCGGGGCAGCGUCAAGGUGUAUGACGUCUCGCCGAUUAUGAGAGGUAUCGGAAUCGGUCAGUUGAUUGCCAUGUCAAUCGUCAUCUCGUACUACGCAGCCACGAUAGCCGUCGCGAUACGGUACUUUUUCGCUUCCUUCGCCAGUGAGUUGCCGUGGGCAAGGUGUGACCCCGCCUGGACCGAUGUAAACUGUGUCGACUCGACUAGUUUAACCGGGAAGGCAAACUUCACAAACUUAUCGCUUCCGGUGGAAACUUCAGCCGAACUGUACUACACCCGGUCCGUCACUGGAGAAGCAUUCCUGGUGGGAAGCGAAAUUGGAUUGCCCGACUGGAGGUUGGGACUGUGCCUGUUGUUCAUCUGGGUGUGCAUGACCUUCAUGCUGAUUAAAGGUAUCCGAGGAUCAGGCAAAAUGUCCUACUUCCUGGCGCUGUUUCCGUACGUUGUGAUGAUCUUCUUUGCGGUGUAUUGUUUCACCCUCGAGGGAGCUAUGGACGGUUUGCUGUACUUUAUCAAACCGGAAUGGGAUCAACUGAUGAAUCCGAACGUUUGGAAGGAAGCUGUGUCUCAAUGCUUCUUCUCGCUGUCUAUCUGCUUUGGAGGCGUAAUUGCCUAUUCAUCUUUUAAUAACUUUUCGAACAACAUCUACCGAGACGCUUUGAUCAUUUCAUGGCUCGACACGUUCACAUCGCUACUGUCCGGAGCAAUUGUGUUCGCCAUCAUCGGACAUCUGGGAGUAAUUACCAACGAACCGGAUUAUACCAAAGUUGUCUAUCCGGGAAGUGGACUGACAUUCAUAACCUAUCCGGACGCGCUGGCAAAGUUCGAACAUGUGCCGAAUUUAUUCUCGCUGCUAUUUUUCUUUAUGUUGUUUGUGCUGGGAAUCGGAAGCAAUACGGGGAUCAUUACAAGCGUGGUCACGGCCAUUCGAGACGAGUUCCCUGGACUGAAAAACUGGAAGAUUGUCCUGGUGAUAAGCGUUCUAGGAUUUACGUCUGGCUUGCUGUUUAUAACACCGUCUGCAUCCCGCCUGAUCGAUUACGUUGACUUUUAUGGGGUGACGUUCGUUACAUUGACAUUGGCCGUAGCAGAAUUGAUUUGCUUUUGCUGGAUCUAUGGAGUGAGACGAAUUUGUAACGAUAUUGAGUUUAUGCUCGGUAUUAAAACUAGCUUCCUGUGGCGUUGGUGUUGGAAGUAUGUUACCCCGACUGUGAUCGCUCUGAUUUUGAUGGUUACGUUUAUUACUGGCAACCAACCUGCCGGAUUCUCAGUGGAAUACCAUGUUCUAGGUUGGGUAAUCUAUGCUCUUGCCAUUAUCCCGCUGCCACUAGUAGCCAUGUGGGCAAUUGCUUCGCAACCAAAGGGCACCAUCUGGCAAAAGAUCGUAUCGGCAAGCCGACCUCUGGCCGAUUGGGGCCCGGAAAGCCUUUCACUGAAAAAGAAAUAUGAUGAUUACGUUGACGAUCGCGAACGAGUUCGCUCGAGAAGUGUUCUGCAGCGAGUAUUUUUUACGCGAGAAAAAGUUUAUUCUGUGAAUAUCUAGACAUAAGAAUGCUUUAUUUUAGUUUUAAUGUUAGGUUCAACUGUGACGAUUUCAUUGUGAUUUUAAUAUGUUUGAUUUUCUCAAACUCGCAUGUGCCUCAGCGACGAUGUAUUACUAUUAUUAGAGGCUAACUUUCGCACAAACUACAAACUCAGGAGAGGAAAUGAUGCUUUAUUCUACGAUUUACAAGCUCUAUUGGCUAAAUAAUUGACUUAAUUCCCAGCAUAAAAUAGUUCUCUCACGUCAAAUAAUCGAGCAUUAGCACCAAAAACACUUUAGAGAAUAAUCGAUACGAUGAACAGACAGUAGAUUAUCAAUGUUACAACAUGAUCUGAAUCAAGAGUGUGCGAAAAACAGGUAUGAUAUUGUAGUCGAUUAAUGCUGUAUCCGGACAAGCUUUAUGUGUUACUCUAAUUGCUCUUUCCUAGACUAUAAAUUUUUUAGAUCUUUAUCACAACAUGUUAGAGAACUACACAUGACGUUAAUUGCUGCUAGUUUCGCAUGACGUAAUAUAGAGAAAGCUCACCACCAGUCGGUGGAACAAAUUAGAAUAAAAGUUGGACAAAUCUUAUAAAGUUCGUCAAAUAGAAUGGAAAUUGUAUAUUUUAUAUAUUUUUGUCAUCUUAAUUUGAUGCUGAAAUCCACUCUACAUAAAUGAAAAUUAAAUCAAGGCUUCGAAAAUAAGGGCGAUUGAACCAUUGCGAUCUAAAUGCUACAUGUAGCACUUCGGCAUUAGAACAUGUCGUCUCCAGUAAGUUUUUGUCAUAUUGUGGGCAAAGCAUAGUUUGACCGCUCGUGAUUGAUAAGCUUAAAUUGCACUACAUAAAUGACGCUAUGGCUCAAUAAACU